CCUUCCUCCUUCGCAUAUCUCUCUUUCUUUCUUUCUUGCUCGCUCUCUCUCUCUUUCUCUCCCUUCCUCUCCCUCUCUCUCUCUCUCCCUUCCUCUCCCUCUCUCUCUCUCUCUUCCUCUCUCUCUCUCAAGUAUUUCGUGGGAAGUCCGCCAUGAGAAAGCCUUGCUGUGAAAAACAGGAAACUAACAAGGGUGCAUGGACAAAGCAGGAGGACCAGAAGUUAAUCGACUAUAUCCAGAGGCACGGGGAGGGGUGCUGGCGAUCCCUUCCACAGGCAGCAGGGUUACUCAGGUGCGGGAAGAGUUGCAGGCUAAGAUGGAUCAACUAUCUCAGGCCCGACCUCAAGAGAGGCAACUUCACAGAGGAUGAAGAUGAUCUCAUCAUCAAGCUGCACGCUCUCUUGGGUAACAGGUGGUCGCUGAUCGCCGGAAGGCUGCCGGGGCGCACGGACAAUGAGGUGAAAAACUAUUGGAACUCCCACCUCCGGCGGAAGCUGAUCCGCAUGGGCAUCGACCCCAACAACCACCGGCUCACCCGCGGCCUCCCCAUCCACCACCACCGCGACGUCGCCGCCGCAUCUUGCGUGAUCUCCAAGGCCACCAACCCUGGGAGCAAAGCUCCGGAUGAGAAGCAGCAGGCCGUGCACUCGAGCGGUGGUAACGGCAACCAGACGUCGUCGUCUGACGCCGACAGUGGCCUCGACAACACGUCGCCGGCACUUCCGGACCUGAACCUGGAAUUGACCAUGACCACCCUUCCAAACUCCAUUUCCCGUCCUCAUGCCCACCAACCAUCCUCACCAGUACCACCUGUAGCAGCACUUGAAAUCCUCCAUGUCUCCUCUUCGGCGCAGCCACUUGCGCACGUCCAACGCGAUGUAGAAGCCAGCUGCUCAACUUUGGCUCUGUUUAGAUAAACCAUUUUUAUUCAUAAAUUUUUAUUCUUAUCUCCUCACCUAUAUCUAUUAUUUUAACAUGUUAUGGGCAGCUAUGUAUACUAGGUUUAUAUCUAUGCUCUCUCUGUCUUGUUUA